AUGGCCCUGAUAAAUGAAUUGGAUCCUUUCUAUUUAUUUGAUUCACAUGCCAGAGACUUUCGUGGCAUGCCCAACCCUAAUGGCACGGCUGUUGUCAUGAAAUUUACUAAUAUUAUUGGUUUAGAGCAAUAUUUGUGUUCUGUUUCGCUGAAACUACAUACAAAUUUAUUUGAAAUUGUUCCUGUGCAAUUAAAUAAAUGUAUAGCUUCCAACAAAAAAAGAAAGCAGUGUGAGGAAACUGACAUUGACAGACAAGCUAGACUUCAAAAAGCUAGUGAGACUAAAAAAAGAAAGUGUUUAGAAGAAACUAACAAUGAACGACAAAUUAGACAUCAAAAGGAUAGUGAGUCUAAAAAAAGAAAGCGGUCAGAGGAAACUGACACCAACAGAGAAAUGAGGCUUGAGAAAGAUAGACUUAAUAAAAAACAAAAGCGGGCAAAAAAAGUGUCAGCCUGA